AUGCUGGGGGCGGGGAGAGGGUCGGGGGGGGCAGAGACCGGGGCCGUGACAGAACCCCCUCGGGGCCCCUCCCCAGCCCCGGUCCCGGCCCCGGUCCCGGUUCUCGGGUCCGUCACCGGCGGCGCUGUCGCGACAGAGGCGCGGCCGCGGGGCCGGCGCUGUGCCGGGGCUGGGGCUUCGCACACGGGAGAGGGUCCCGGCUGCCACCCGCGGGCGCGGCCCUGGGCUGCCGCAGCGGGGGCACAGGGCGGGACUGUCGCGAUAAGGUCGGGGCUGUCGGGCCCGCCCGGCCGCGCUGCCGUGCCACAGGCGCGUCCUCCAGGCAGGGCUGCUCGACAGGAGGGUCGCUGUGCCCCCAGGCCGGCCCCGCGUCUCCCGGGGAUGGAGCCGGGCCUGGAUCCGGCCGGGGCGCUGCCGGUGCUGGAGCGGGAGCUGCGGGCGGCGCUGGCCGAGGACGAGCGGCGGCAGCGGGAGGGCGAGGCCAAGCUGCGGGCGCUGCGCCAGGGCGUCCCCGACUACGGGCAGUUCAGGGAGAUUGUGCUGGCUUCUCACCUGAAGCCUCUGGAGAAGAAGGACAGGCUGGGACAGAGGAGGAACGUGCUGUGGAAUCCCUGUGCAGCCCCAGCUGAGGCAGCACCUGCCUGCGCUGUGGAGAUCCCACAGGAGCUGGAUCAGCUGCCUGGCACCGCGGCGGAAUUUCACCGACGCUGGCGCAGAUGCUUGAAAAGUGGGACAGAGAAAUACCAGCUGCUGCUGGAGCUCGGAGGGGAGGCCCUGGGCAGGAUCUUCCAGGCUGAUGUGGGCUUUGGCCUGCUGGGGGAGUUCCUGGCAGUGCUGGCAGAGAACAUCCAUCCUGGAGACAGAGCUGCCGUCCUGCAGAUCCUGCAGAGCCUGGCGGGCACCAAGCGCUUCGGGCUCAACGUGGCUCUCCUGAGCCAGGCGGAGAAGCAGAGCAGCCAGGAGUUGUUCAGGAAGCUGCAGGGCAGGGAUUGGCAGGCUGCUGGCCAGCCUGGCUGCCUGGGCAGCUGCGAGGCAGGGAGGGAAGCCCAUCCCAUGGAGACCCACCUGGAAAAGGGAACUGAGGAGGAGAGGAUGGUGGUGGAGCUGAUGAAGUGUUACCAGGUCAGCUGAGGGAGCAGGAGCACCAGGGUUGAGCAGAAACCUCAGAGCUGGACUUGGGCAUCAGCCAGGGCACAAGCUGUGCACAAUAAAGUUUAACUCCCA